UUUCCCUGCUUAGGAUAUCCAUUAAUUUGUUCGAAAAUGCUUUAUUCGCGCGAUUCUGAUCUCUCCGCCUUUUUCCGAAAAUUUUCCUGAUUCGUGCUGUUUCGCGAAGCAAUCGGCGUCGUUGUUAGGCCCAAGCAACGAAUGAUCUCCUCGGAUCGCCCAAUGGGUGUUCGGCGAUUCGGGUCGAGCGUUCGAAAAUUUGACACGAUGCUUUGAUUUCUAGCGAACUUACGGCUUUCGGUGUUUUUUGUCUGUGCUUUUGCGUGUGUUGAUGAUGAUCACGUCCGCGGCGUGUCUGUUGGAUUGUUAGAGCUUCAGUAGCAAGUUGAUGGCGGAAAUCGUGGGGCCUCGGAUAUAUAGCUGCCACAAGUGUCGUAAUCAUGUUUCGGUGCAUGAUGAUAUCAUAUCUAAGACUUUCCAGGGAAGAAAUGGCCGUGGUUUUCUGUUUUCUCAUGCGAUGAAUAUCGUGGUCGGGCGCAAAGAGGAUAGGCAUCUCCUGACCGGUCUUCACACCGUUGCUGAUGUCUCUUGUGCUGACUGCCAUGAAGUGUUGGGAUGGAAAUACGAGAGGGCUUACGAAGCUUCGCAAAAGUACAAAGAAGGGAAAUUCAUACUCGAGAAAGCAAAGAUUGUCAAGGAAAACUGGUAACACUCCACAAUGCUUACGGGCGUGCUUUCCACCUGUUCAUCCUAAUUUGAUCCGUUGAAUGUUCCUAAUGUUCGUCCUGUACAUAGAUGCUCCUCCCAAUUGGAAAUGUCAUUGUUUCUUUGCUGUCGAUUCUUUGCAUAUGCUGUGUGGAUCGUGGACACCUCUCAAAACUAUUGCCACUCUGUUUUUUUCUGUGAAACUCGUUGAAUUUAUGCUGUGUUUCUGGGAACUUCUGUGGCAUCAAUGGCUAGUGCUUGCUAUC